AUGGAGCUCCGUCCAUUCUGGCAGGUGCGGGGCCAGCUGUCAGUCGACGAUGCGGAGGGCCUCAUCCUCGUAGGCCCCCGAGUAGUCAUUCCGUCUUCCUUGCGUAAGGAGAUCAUACGGCGCUUACUUCAAAUGCACCAAGGAGCCACUAAAAUCCGUCAGCGCGCCCGUCUCUCGGUCUACUGGCCCUCAAUGGACAACGAUAUAGUCAUGGCCGCAAAGUCCUGCCCAUCUUGUACAGAGCGUCUCCCAUCUCAUCCGGCGGAGCCUCUCCUUCCCCAUGCUCCAGCUUCCCGCCCGUUUGAGUUUAUAUUCGUCGAUCUCGGCGCAUACCGCGAUCGCGAUUUUUUAAUUGUGGCAGAUCAGUUCAGCGGUUGGCCUCAGGUCUACCCGUUCCCGGACGUCAACACGUCUACGCGGCGGGUCAUUGACGCCCUCCGUUCGUUUUUCACGUGUGGAGCAGGAGCCCCGGUGAAAUUGUGGUCGGAUGGGGGCCCGCAGUUCAAGUCUGACGAAUUUAUCUCGUUCCUUCGCGACUGGGAUAUUAGCAUCGGCCGUUCGUCGCCCCACCAUCCCCAGUCCAAUGGCUACGCGGAAUCAGCUGUCAAAUCGAUGAAGAAGCUCAUCGCGGGCUCUUGGUCGUCGGGGUCGUUCGACCCGGACAAGUUCGGCAAGGCUUUGAUUCUCUUCCGCAACGCGCCUAUGUCGGGUGGAGCAUCCCCGUCGCAAAUCGUCUUCAACCGCCCGACGCGCGAUCUUCUUCCCGCACACAGGCGCUCAUUUGCUCCUGAGUGGCAGCAGGCCGCUAAGUUAUUGGAGAGGCGUGCCCGACAUGCAAAGGAUCUUCAAGCUCAACACUUCAACUGUUCUGCGCGCCCCCUUCCACCCCUGGCGAUCGGCGACAACGUGGUCAUCCAAGACCAUAAGACAAAGCGUUGGUCCACUCCUGGUGUCAUUGUUGAGGUGGGGCCGUUCCGGGAUUACCUCGUGAAAACACCAGCUGGGCGGUUGUUCCGCCGCAAUAGACGUUUUCUUCGUGUCAUUGCCCCUCAGAUUUUGCAGCCGCAUCCUCCAGCGAUCGCCCCAAGGACAUCGGUCACAUUCCAGCUUCCUGCUCCGCCCCCUCUGGCAGCGCCCUCAUCCACUCUCCGUCGUUCGCGUCGCCUUGCCGCCAAGACCGCUUCUUAA